AUGCGCCAAAUCAAUCUAUUACUCUGGGUUUUGUCUUUCCUAUGUUUCUCAUAUGUUAUUGCAUUUUACAAUGUGACUGAUGAUAUUAUAUUUGACCUUAAAUGGUCUGGUAGUUCAUCAAAGUCUCUGGAGGAAAAUGAUGCCGUCGAAAUUAGAACAACUGUUGGAGAGGAUUAUGAGUGUUUUAUACCUACAUUGCUGCUAAGAUCACAUGAAGACGGUCGUAAAAGCUCUGAUUUGGUGGAUGAGGAGAUUCUAUUACAACCCUUAUUCACAGAAAAACCGUGUAGCAUCAAAUCUGAGGCUUACUGGAGUUAUGAACUUUGUCAUAACCAGCAUAUAAGGCAGUUUCACGAAGAAAUAAGGUUGAAAAAGAGUUCUCCGGUCCAAGAAUUUUAUCUGGGACAUUAUGACCCACAUUCUAAAACACAGAAGGGUGUCCAUAAAGAAAAUACAGUUACCCUUGGUGAGAACUCCUACCCAUACUACGAAGUCAGUUAUGUUGAUGGAACCUUGUGCGAUCUAAUUCAGGAGCAUCGCACAACAAUUGUUAUGUAUAUUUGUCACGAAGGCAUUGGUGGUUCAAUUAUAGAUGUGUCUGAAGUUCGAACGUGCCAGUAUCAGGUGGUCUUCGCCACGAAGUUUCUGUGCUCACAUCCUCUGUACAAGCAAAAACGUGCACAUACCAAUCCAAUUUCAUGUCAUUCUAAAAAUGGUUCACCAAGUAAACCUAUGGCGUUAGUUGCACUUGAAGCAGAAAGAAAGAAGCUUCAAUCGCAAAGCUUUAGCAAUCUAGCUGCUUUACUCAGUGACGCGUUCAAAUCAAAACUCAAGGUAAAUGCUAAACGAGAUAAGGAUAUGGUUAUUUAUCAUGUACAACGUGAUUUAGAUUCCGAUGAUACAGAAAAUCUUGGAAAGAAUAUGAAUAAUGAAGAGAAUAAAGAAAUUAUUAGUACUUCAAUUAGUUCUCUAUUAGAUUCUUCAAAUCAGGUACCCAGUUCAAAAACAUCUUCAUCUAUAUCCUCUUCUUCCUUAUCAUCUACUCAUCUAUCUACAAUGAAAGGUACAAUCGAUAAUCAAGUGAAAGAAUUUCUUCAUGGUAAACUAUGUAUAAGUGGUAAUUUAGGCUGGUGGACACAUGAAAUAUGCUUUAACAAAUUUGUACGACAAUAUCAUGAGGAUGUAAAUUCAAAGAAAAGUCAAGAAAUUCAUCUUGGUAAUUGGGAUUUAGAUGAACAUAUGAAAUGGGUUACAUCACAGAAUCUAAAUCAGAAACAGUCAUCGAAUAAUCUUUCAGAUAGACAAAUUUCAUUAUACUAUGGGAAUGGUGAUGUGUGUAAAGAAACUGGAAAACCUCGAGAAACUAUUGUAAAAUUGAAAUGUUUGCCUUCAGGGGAUACUGGAAUAUAUUUGUCUUUUUCUGAGCCUAAGAAAUGCACAUAUUCUAUGCUGGUUGAAAAUUCCAUUUUUUGUGACAUAAUACCAUUAGCUGAUGACAUGGGUAUCUUACCUUUAGAGAAAAUUUAA